CUCUUCCAUGUCCACUUUGCAAGCACGGACUCCGAACCCCUCAGUAAGCUGCUUAUAUCUAUUGAGGUUUGUUCCAGCAAUUUAGCCGUAGUGAUUGAGUGAUAACCAUCUGCUGUUCUUGUUCUGAGAAAGUCGGGGUACCAUACUCAUAUUGAACCACACAUCACCAUGCCUCCGAUUCAACAAAAAGCAUUAAUCAAUGUUGACCUGGGGGAAGCUGUACGAUUUCCCCUCUUAUCUUUUAGUAGCUGAUAUGAAGUUGUUUGACUGAUGAUGGUAAAUAGUAUGGCAACUGGUCCCUCGGACCCGACCUCGAGCUCCUCCCCAUGAUCGAUAUCGCCAACGUCGCCUGUGGCUUCCACGGCGGCGACCCCUUGAUCAUGAUGGACACCAUCCGCAACUGCAAAGCCCACAACGUCCUGGUAGGAGCACACCCGGGCCUACCGGAUCUCCAAGGUUUCGGACGACGGGAAAUGAAGCUUUCGCCCGAGGAAUUAACGGCGAUCACCAUCUACCAAGUCGGAGCGCUAAAGGGCUUCCUAGACCGCGAGGGCGUACAUCUUAAUCACGUCAAACCCCAUGGGGUACUUUAUGGGAUGAUGUGCCGGGACUAUGAGGUGGCCAAGGCUGUGAUGGAGGGGAUUCCCAAGGGCGUUCCGGUGUUUGGUCUUGCGGGGACGAAUAUGGAGCGUGCUGCCAAUGAUUUGGGGAUUGAAUUCUGGGCCGAACUUUAUGGUGAUGUCAAGUAUGAUUCGCGGGGGAUGUUGGUGAUUGACCGUAAGAAGAAACCGUGGGAUCUGGGCGAUGCUGAGAGGCACAUUCGCCAACAGAUCGAGGACAGUUCGGUCACAGCGGUGGAUGGAACAGUGGUGCAGUUGCAGUUGAAGAACUACCCUCUGUCCAUGUGCUGCCAUUCGGAUUCGCCAGGGUGCUUGGACAUUGUCAGCACGGCACGGAGGGUGGCAGACGAAUUCAACCAGACGAAUGGACAUAAAUAGGGGCAUUUGUAGGUAGCAGCAUCAAAACGAGGAGGGGUCAUCAAAAGUAUAGUAUUGGCUAAUAAAACC